UUCUAGCCAAAACCCCGCAAAACCCUUGGUGAGGCUGCUCAAAACCCUCGGCUGUCCCUCUCGUUCGUCUCCGCAGCUCCUCUUCUUCUUCCUUCUCUCUCUAAAAUUCUCUCUGCGAUUCUGAUUUUCUUCCAUGGCGAGACUGAAACUGAAAUCUCUCAUCACUUCUUUCACUCCUCAAGGCGACUAUUUCGCCAUUAUAUCCCCUAACGGACUCGUCAAGAUCUGGAACACAAGUAAUGGAAGUCUAUUGGCAGAGUGGAGUCAGUCAGAUGCUGAUUCUGAUGAUAGUUUUUCUUGUAUGGCUUGUAGUUUUGUUGGGAAGAAGCGCAGCAAAGAGCGUGGUACUUGCUUAUUAGCUCUUGGCGCAGAUGCUGGUGAAAUUUUGACUGUUAAUGUUUUCAGUGGUGAGAAGAAGUGGAAAUCUACAUGUCACGCUGGUGGCAUUGCUGGUCUAUCUUUUACAAAUAGAGGCCGCAUUCUUUAUACAGUUGGUAAUGACGGAGUGGCAACUGAGAUGAACUCAGAAACAGGGGAAGUUGUAAGGCAGUUCAAAGUUUCAAAGACUCAUAUAUCUUCUUCAGCCUUUUGUGAUGAGAAAAUCUUAGCCAUAGCCAGUGGUAAGAUACGAAUUUUUAAUUGGGAAAAUGAGAAAGAGUUGUUGAAGUUUUCUACCAAUGAGGGUCUGGUGCAGCAUAUUUCCAUUUCUGAUGUUGCCAAGACCAUUGUUACAUCUGGGCCUGGCGAGAAACAUCUUCAAGUGUGGAAGUGUGAUUUGAGUACUGGAGUUAUAAGCAAAGGACCUAUUCUUUCCAUGAGACAUCCUCCUAUUGCAUUUGAAUGUAAGAAUAGUACCAAUGGAGAGGACGUUUUAGUUGUCCUCUCGGUUUCAGAGUCAGGUGUAGCUCAUGUGUGGAAUUUGAAGUCCAUCUCUGAGGAGGAGAUAAGUCCAGUUAAGGUGACAGUUAAAGCUAGCAAAGGUGAAAUGGACUUGCAAAAUAGUGGAAAGAAGAGUCGCUUUUCAAUAAUGGCUGCCAGAUUACAUGCUGUAGAGAACGAUGGACGAGUGACUGCCCUUAUUGCAUAUGGUUCCACAGAUUCUCCACAGUUUUCUUUCUUGGACAUUAGUAACCCAGUGGAGGACAUUGUUAUAACUGCUGGAGAUGAAACAAAGAAAACAAGUAGUGAGACUAUUCAAGAAAAUGGUGUUGUUGCAGGAAUAGAUACGGAAAACUGUCUGACAGGCCCACAUGAAGACGAUUUAGAAGCAGUAGCUGUACCAAUCCAAAAGAAAAAAUCCAAUAAGAAACGCGCAGCAUCUGACCCGGAUCUUGCAGAUACAGAGAACUCAAUUGAUAAUGAUACAGCUCAUGAAGAGCCAAUGGAUGGAAGCCAAAUUGACAAGGGUUUAAAUGAGCCAACCAUGGGUGAGAAACUUGCAAGUUUAAAUUUACUAGAGAAUAACGAGGUUAAAAGCAUUGAGAAAAAAGAAAUUUCUCAGCACGUGAUGCCUCCAAGUGCGGAUUCUGUUCAUGUUUUGCUUAAGCAAGCGCUACAUGCUGAUGAUCGAGCACUAAUCUUAAAGUGCUUACAUACCCAGGAUGAUAAGGUGAUUGCAAAUUCAGUCUCACUAUUAAAUCCAUCUGAUGUUAUCAAACUUUUAGACUCACUGAUAUCUAUAAUCCGGUCUAGGGGAGCAGGGGUGGCUUGUGCCCUUCCAUGGUUGAGGAGUUUGCUUCUUCAACAUGCAAGUGGAAUAAUGUCCCAGGAAUCUUCUAUAAGUGCCCUCAACUCUUUAUAUCAGCUCAUAGAAUCUAGAGUUUCAACAUUCCAUCCGGCUCUUCGACUAUCUAGUUGCGUAGACUUGCUUUACACAGCGACUGUCGAGGAUGGUUUCGAUGAGAAUGCCACAACAGAACCGAUUGUUUAUGAGGACAGCGAUGAAAGUGAAGACAAGGAAUCUGAGGAUGCCAUGGAAACUGAUGAAGAGGGCGGUAAUGUUGAACCAUUGCAGGACUUUAGUGACAUCAACGGAUGCGAUGACUUGGCUUUUGAUUGAUACAUAAAAAUGAAUUUCACAGAUGAAGCACCCAUGUUUGUUAUCGACUGCUUGGGAGUGACAUAAGAAUUUUGAUUAAGAUGAAAAUUUUGUAAGAAAAAGAUAAUUCUUGUGUUUUUAUAUUUUAUUUUUCAGGAAAUUAAAAAUUAAAUGUAUUGUAUAAGAAAAUUAGUUUUGUUCUAUUUUCUA